GGAAAGAGGGAGGGAGAAAGGGAGCCGUAGAGGAGACAGAGAGGACACAGAGGCAGGCUCUAGUUAGAACAGCAUCUCAGUGACUAACCACGAAUCACUGUAAUGCAGCAGAGCUGAUGGUCUGACACACUGAAGGUAUCAUGGCUGCUGGAUGGAAGCCGGUGAUAUUGCUGCUUUUGCUGUUGUUCUUUUGUCAACUGACUAAAAGCAAAGACGGAAAAUCGAAGGGAAAGAAAGGCAAGCAAGUGGUCUGUCCAUCCCAAUUGUCCCCAGAAGAUUUGGCCCAGGUUCCGGCUAACUCCACUUCCAACAUCUUGAACCGUCUGAUGGUCAGCUAUGACCCAAGAAUAAGGCCUAAUUUUCAAGGUAAUGACACAAACUAUACAGGUAUCCCAGUUGAGUCCAGGGUGAAUAUCUUCAUCAACAGCUUUGGGUCCAUCCAGGAGACAACUAUGGACUACAGAGUGAACAUAUUUCUUCGCCAGAGAUGGAAUGACCCACGCCUACGACUUCCUACUGACUUUAAGAGUGACUCACUGACUAUUGACCCAGCAAUGUUCCAGUGUUUGUGGAAGCCAGACCUUUUUUUUGCCAAUGAGAAAAACGCAAAUUUCCACGAUGUCACACAGGACAACAUUCUGCUCUUCAUUUUUCGGAAUGGAGAUGUCCUAAUCAGUAUGAGGCUGUCAGUUACACUGUCUUGUCCCUUGGAUCUCACACUUUUCCCAAUGGACACACAGCGUUGCAAGAUGCAGCUAGAGAGCUUUGGUUAUACCACCAGUGAUCUUGUGUUCAUGUGGCAGUCCGACCCAGUUCAGAUGGAUGAGAUUGCUCUCCCUCAGUUCGACAUCAAACAAGAAGACAUCAUAUAUGGAAACUGCACAAAAUACUACCAAGGAACAGGAUACUACACCUGCGUUGAAGUGAUUUUUACAUUGCGAAGGCAGGUUGGUUUCUACUUGAUGGGGGUUUAUGCACCAACUCUGUUGAUUGUCGUUUUGUCCUGGUUAUCCUUCUGGAUCAACCCUGAUGCGUCAGCUGCAAGGGUGCCAUUAGGUAUUUUAUCAGUACUCUCUCUGUCAAGUGAGAGUAUGCUUUUGGCGUCAGAACUUCCAAAGGUUUCCUACGUAAAAGCCAUUGACAUCUGGCUCAUUGCUUGUCUACUUUUUGGGUUUUCGUCACUGGUGGAAUAUGCUGUGGUACAGGUGAUGCUAAACAGUCCCAAACGAAUUGAGGAAGAGAAAGCCAAAAUGGCCGCAAAGGAGAUAGCUCUGCAAGAGAAAGAAGGAAAAAAGCCUUCAAAUAAAACAAACAAUACAGUAAAUGGAACUGGUGGAACACCUAUACAUGUCAACACUCUGCAGGUUGUGGAAACUCGCUGUAAGAAAGUUUGCACCUCCAAGUCGGACCUUCGCUCCAAUGACUUCAGUAUUGUGGGAUCUUUACCUCGGGACUUUGAACUUUCCAAUUUUGACUGUUAUGGUAAACCUGUUGAAGUGUCAGGGGCCCUAAAGUCACAGAACAAAGCCAACAAGAAACCAGCUCCACCCAAGCCUGUCAUACCUGCUGCGGCCAAACGCAUUGACCUAUAUGCAAGAGCCCUCUUUCCUUUCUCGUUCCUCUUCUUUAAUGUUGUUUACUGGUCUGUCUAUCUGUGAGAGGAAAAAGUUUGGGGAAAAUAAAGGGAUUUGUUAACUGUAGUUUGUUACCAUAAUGUUAUUUAAACUAUAUCGACCUUACAAAUUAACUUACCUAACUAUAUACAUUUACAAUUCAGAGCCAUCUUUGCAGAGCUGUUAACACUGCUGUGGUUGUUGGGACAAACUUUAAAUCAACGCUACUACAAAACCUUGAGGCUGUUGGCUGGAAUUCCUCUCAAACCCAGGCAUUAAGUUGGCACUGCAUGUUGUCUCUUACUGAUACAGCUCCUUAUGUUUGACAAACCCUGCUUUGCACACACCAAUACUACUAUGCUUCCCAUUAGAUAUACAUGCUUCUUCAUGAAGAAAAUAAUAUUUGUAACAGUUGAUGUUAAAAAUAUAGAAAUCAAAAGUGAGACACACAAAUUAAGUAAGACAUUACAACAUAAAUGUAAGAAUAUGCAAAGAAUAAAGGAAUAAAUAUAUUGUAAAGUAAGUGACCUGAGAUCUUUGUUAUUUCAUCAUGUCAAUUGUAUAAUCGGGGUUAAUUUUGAAGUCAGCAGCUUCUGGCAGCGACUUGAUAUCAGAGAGCCUGCCCUUGGACACCCGUGCUUUACAGACCCCUGGUGAUUGAUGUGGCUACAAAGCCUCUGCAGCCGACUUCCACUCGGUGCACCUGUGUUUUC